GAAGGUGAACCACCGAAUACACUAUUGUUGCUCACGACACGGUGGUAACGGCGUCCGGGUGAGCAGAGCUCGGAGACAUGGCGAACAUUAGAAGUAUCAAGGGUAUGGUUGGCCUGGUGACAGGCGGAGCGUCAGGGCUGGGCCGGGCUACCGUGGAGCGGUUGGUGCAGCAGGGGGCGUGUGCCGUGAUUCUGGACCUUCCCUCUUCAGACGGACACGCCCUGGCAGCCAGCCUCGGAGAACGCUGCACCUUCGCCCCCGCUGACGUAACGUCGGAGGCAGAUGUGCGUUCUGCGGUGGAGCUGGCCCGGCAGCGCUUUGGGAAGCUGGACCUGGCGGUGAACUGUGGCUGGCACGCCGUUGCCGUCAAGACUUAUAACUUCAAAAAGGAUGUUCCCCACAGUCUAGAAGACUUCACUAGAGUUAUCACUGUGAACAUCGCGGGGACGUUUAAUGUGAUCCGAUUGGCUGUUGGAAUGGGGAAGAACGAACCAGACGCAGACGGACACAGAGGCUGUAUCAUCAACACAGCUAGUGUAGCGGCCUAUGAUGGACAGGUACACACACACACCUGUGGCCUAUGAUGGACAGG